GGGGGACGGAGCUGAAUGAGGACAAGAGGACAGAUAAUGAGAACUCGCUGUUAGUGUGAAGCUGCCAGGCGAGGAGGCAACAAGUGAGAAGAGAGAUGCGCACUACACUGGUGGCGGUUCUCCUGGUGGCGGCGGUGGCGGCGGAGGGCGGCAACGUGUUGAUGUUGGUAGCGGACGAUGCGGGGCUGGAGCUGACGACUUAUGGCAACAAAGCGUGCCGCACGCCACACCUGGACGCCUUGGCCCGCCGCUCCACAGUGUUCUCCAGCGCCUUCACCUCCGUCAGCAGCUGCUCGCCGUCCCGCGCUGCGCUGCUCACAGGGCUGCCCUCCCACCAGAACGGUAUGUACGGCCUGCACCAGGGCGUGCACCACUUCUCCUCCUUCGACGGCGCGCGUAGCCUGUCCGGCAUCCUGGCGGCGCAUGGCCUGCGCACAGGCAUCGUAGGCAAAAAGCACGUGGGGCCCGAGGGCGUGUUUCCCUUCGAGUUCGCGCACACAGAGGAGACGGAGAGCGUGCUGCAGGUGGGACGCAACAUCACGCGCAUGCGCCAGCUGGUGCGACGCUUCCUGGCCGCCCCUGACCCGCGCCCCUUCUUCCUGUACGUGGGCUUCCACGACCCACACCGCUGCGGCCACACUCACCCCCAGUACGGCACCUUCUGCGAGCGCUUCGGGGACGGCACGCCGGGCAUGGGCGUCAUCCCGGACUGGACGCCCGAGCAGUACCGCCUCGAGGACGUGGCGGUGCCAUUCUUCAUCCAAGAUACGCCCGCCGCACGGCUCGACCUGGCGGCGCAGUAUCGCACUAUCUCGCGUCUCGACCAGGGCGUGGGCGUGGUGAUGGCGGAGCUGGCACGCGCGGGGCACCUCAACGACACCCUCGUCAUUUACACCUCGGACAACGGCGUGCCCUUCGCACGGGGCCGCACCAACCUGUACGACCCUGGCGUGGUGGAGCCCCUGCUGGUAUCCUCGCCGCGCCACCCCGCCUCCUGGGGCACCACCUCCCACGCCCUGGCCUCCCUGCUGGACCUGACGCCCACCGUGAUGGCCUGGCUGGGCGUGCCCUACCACUACUCCAUCUGGAAACACGGCGCCCCCGUCACACUGACUGGUCGCUCCCUGGUGCCCUUCCUGGCACAGCGGGACAAGACUGGCGGCAGCCGGCAGGAGAAGCGAGCGGCGCGGCGCGUGGCGCGGCGUGGGGGCGGCGAGGCGGUAUUUGCCAGUCACCAGACGCACGAGGCCACCAUGCACUACCCGAUGCGCAGCGUGCGCACGGUGGCCUUCAAGCUGAUCCAAAACAUGUACUACCGCAUGCCCUUCCCCGUGGACCAGGACCUGUACCUGGCGCCCGCCUUCCAGGACAUCCUCAACCGCACCCACGAUGGACGCCCGCUGCCCUGGCUCACCUCCCUGGACCAGUACUACCACCGCCCCCGCUGGCAGCUGUAUGACCUGCGCCGAGAUCCGCACGAGCAGCGCAACGUGGCGGGCAAGAAGCGCUACGCCGCGGCGCUCGCCACGCUGCGGGCCAGACUGCGCACCUGGCAGGACACCACGCAGGACCCCUGGCGCUGCGGCCCUGGGGCAGUGCUGGAGGACGUGGGCGCCUUCCGCCAACACCCCGCCUGCUUGCCGCUCUACAACGGCCUGUGACGUGCGAGGACCCGCCCACGCCGCCGCCCCGCUGCGCCCCACCAGGCAUCACCACCCUGAGGCAGGCCACUCCUUUACACUCCACCACCACCACCACCACCACCACCACCACCGCCACCGCCACCCACCGCUGUCACCUCCAUUCAUUCAUUUCUCAUUGAGCAGAAAGGACGAUGGCUGCUCCCCUCACCAAACAACCUCCAGAUUGAAAACACGCAAUUCAUUAUUAAACAACAAAACAAAUAAAGACUCUUUAUUUGACCACGAAAGUAACACUAAUCACAUUCCUAAG